AGCUCCGCCCCACGACUUCCGCUGUCCUUCUCCAUAGAGGCAGUUUGGGUCUCCUCCGAGCGCCGCCGUUCUCGACGCUGAGGCGCAGUGCCAUUGCGAUGCCGCGUGGAAGCCGGAGCCGCACUUCCCGCAUGGCCCCUCCGGCCAGCCGGGCACCCCAGAUGAGAGCUGCACCCAGGCCAGCACCUGCAGCUCAGCCCCCUGCAGCAGUUCCCCCAUCUGCUGUUGGCACACCUGCUGCUGCUCCCCGCCAGCCAGGCCUGAUGGCCCAGAUGGCAACCACUGCAGCAGGUGUGGCUGUGGGCUCUGCUGUUGGGCACACAAUAGGCCACGCCAUCACUGGGGGUUUCAGCGGAGGAAGUAAUGCUGAGCCCGCAAGGCCUGACAUCACUUACCAGGAGCCUCAGGGAACCCAGCCGGCAUAUCAGCAGCAGCAGCAGCAGUUUGGCCCUUGCCACUAUGAGAUGAAGCAGUUUUUGGAGUGUGCCCAGAACCAGGGCGACCUCAAGCUUUGUGAGGGCUUCAGUGAAGUGCUCAAACAGUGCAGAUUUGCAAAUGGGUUAGCCUAAUCAAGAAGUUCAAAUUGAAGACAUGGAGAAUCACCUCUCAUGACCAAGUUAAUUUAAUAUAAAAA